CCAAAAUUGAAUUUUUUUAAGUUUUUUUAUUAGGUUAUAAUCAAAUUCAACGUUAAUAGUUUUUCUAUAGUAAUCAGUUUAAAUUGUUCAAUUUGUCAUGCUUCCUGAAGGAGAAACCCCUUCCUGUUCUACCAACACUGAAGAUGCACCAGCUUCAGACAAAACAAAGUAUUUUAGGUAAUUUUGUGAGGUUAUGUCCGACUCUUUUUUGCUCCAGAUUGGGCACAUGUGAGGUCUGUGCCUGCAAAAACGCCAAGUACUGUUGCCCCCGAUGUGAGGUUAAGACAUGUUCACUGAAUUGUAAUAAAAUUCACAAACUGGAGGUUGAAUGUAGUGGGAUUAGAGACAAGGCUAAGUUUAUUCCGAUUAAUAAAUUCACAAAUUUGGAUUUAUCGAGCGAUUAUCGCCUCUUGGAGGAGAUUACACGGGUGGUGGAGUCGUCAAAAAAGGGGCGAACGAGUUUGGGAUACGAUUUUAAGAAGGGGUUGUUGCGUUUGCAACAGGAAGCGUUAAAAAGACACAUUACGUUGAAGUAUUUACCUAAGAAUUUUGUGCGUCAUAAGAACAACACCACUUACUUUAAUUUUAAGUCACAAGUGAUUGAGUGGCAUGUUGAUUGGGUGUUUGUUAAUUGUGAAAACUUGAAAAUAAGCGAAAAAGUUCCUGAAAAUUUGAGACUUAGUAAAAUUCUUGAUAAGUAUUUAGACAAACAAGACGAUGAAGCACUGCAGGAGAAAUUACAGUACUAUCAAGCUGCAGACUUGCCCGGUAUUAGGAUUUUAUUAAAAGCGGAAUUAAAAUCAGGCAAAAAAUUCUAUGAGUUGGAUUCAACUUACACAUUAAAGGAGUGUUUAAAAAACAGGGUAAUAAUUGAGUAUCCGACUAUUCAUUUAGUAUUAAAAGACCAAGCAAGUUUUUAUGAUAUUGUCGAUUCAGAUGACGAGGAAGAUAGCAAAGCAGAGUUGCAAAAACAGAUAAAAUCAGGCCAGGAAGUUAUCAAUAAAAUUAUUAAGAAAUCUGAGAGUGACGAUAGUUUGUAUGAAUCUCUCAGGAAUUUGUUGUUUAUAAAUGAGUAUUCAGAUGAGGACCAGGGUUCUGAUGACGAGACACACUAAAACGAAAUGGGUUUAUUUAAGAAAAACUAAUUUAUUUUUCAUGGGUAAUUGAUUGAGAAGGAGUUUUAUUUUGUUAUUUCAUUUUUGUUACAAAUAAAUCAAAUGCAUUGAAA